CUCCCUACGGUGGUGUUGGUGUGCAACUUUGGCCUGCCGCAGCCGCCGCCGGACGGUGGAAGCGCGGAACAGUCCAUGGAACGAUUCGGAAAGGAUGGUGGAAGGCUCAUGUCCCACUCGGAGGUGGAGACCCUGUUUCACGAGUUCGGGCACGCCCUGCACUCGCUUCUCUCUCGCACGGAGCUGCAGCACGUCUCGGGCACCCGCGUACCCGUCGACUUCUGCGAGAUCCCGUCCCAUCUCAUGGAGCACUUCGUCUGGGACAGGACCAUGCUCACAAAGUUUGCUAGGCACUACCGCACGGGCGAAGCCCCCCCCGCUGCCCUGUUAGACGGCCUCCACAGAUCGAAAACCCUCUUCGCCGGGCUGGGCAUCCAGACGCAGCUGCUCUACGCUACCCUCGAUCAGCAGCUGUUUGGCCCCCAGCCGGAGGGGGGUGUUUGGUCAUCGGCGUCCGUGGCUGAUGCGUUGCAAGAGAGAAUCGCUGGGUUGCCGCGGUGCGAGGGGGCGUUCUGGCAUUCCAGGUUUGGACACUUCACCGGGUACGGGGCAAGCUACUACGCCUACCUGUACGCCAAGAUGUUCACCAGCGCCAUCUGGGAACGACACUUCGCAAGGGACCCUCUCAACAGCGACGCCGGGGAGCUGCUCUGGAAAGAGUUGCUCAUCCACGGGGGCGCCAAGGAUCCCCACGAGAUGCUCCGGGUGUUGCUGGGGGAGGAGCAGGGGAGCGGGGGCGACGCGGGGCUGAGGGCGGGGGUGGCCAGCCUGCUGAAGGACACGGGCGCAGUAGCGACGUGAGAGCGCGCUCCUACUCCUGCAAGCUAUGUAGUGGUACAGCGGGGGGCGUGUUUAGUGCCGGUGCCCGAUAUAGUGCUCGUACCCGGUAUAGUGCCUGUCAGUGUCUGGGUACGUACCGGCACUUAACAGGGCCCCCCACCGUACCGAGAGACGGUGGUGGCUCCCCUACAAGUCAAACUAUUGAAGAGACAGGGAAUGCCUCGAGUAGGGAGGGAGAGAGAGAGGGAGCUGCGGAGCCUGGUUUAAAGUGCCCUCGUUUGCUUGACCGGCAUUUGUUGCCGUUUCGCGUGUUGCGUACAAUAUUUGUCGUAGCUGUG